AACCUGUCCUCGUCAUCCGCAAAAUUCGCGGGGCUAAAUUUGAGGGCAUUUCCGUCAUCUAAUAACUACCCUUAGCUCCUUCCUCCACUGCAGGUUUCAGAUUGGGAAUCUGAUCCUGGAGGUGAUGCGGAGCAGGCAUGGACCAGAAGGUAAAAUGGAGCUGGAGUUCGGCGAUUAUCGGAGCUGCGUCGGCGGUGGCUGCAACGGCGCUUGUAUCGGCGAAGCCCAAGGACCCAACCUUCCACCUCAUAUCAAUCAGCUUCACCUCUUUGAAGCUCCACCUUCCUGUCCUCGACGCCGAGCUCAUCCUCACCGUACACGUCACCAACCCCAACGUUGCUCCAAUCCACUACUCCUCUACCUCCAUGUCCAUCUAUUACCAGGGUUCGCUUCUGGGCUCGGCCGAGGUGCAGGCCGGCUCGCAGCCGCCCCGCUCCUGCCAGCUGCUCCACCUUCCGGCCCGGCUUAACGGCCUGGAACUGGCCCACCACGCCGCUCAAUUUGUGGCUGAUGUCGCCAAGCGUGAGAUGGUGCUCGACGCCGCCGUGGAUAUCAGUGGUACGGCCAAGGUUCUUUGGUGGGAACAUAAGUUCAAGGUGCACGUGGAUAGCCAUGUCACCGUUGAUCCAUUGUUCCUUGAUGUUAUUGAUCAGGAAAACAACUCUGAGUUGGAAGUGCUUGCAGCAUAGGCCUUCAAUCUCUAUCGAACGCCCGAUGUAAUAUAAUUUGACAUUUGAAGGCCUA